AUGGUCGACCCCGUAGUUGACGCGGGUGUAGCGGACACCUUGGAGACACGACUAGCUAAUGCGAGGAGACGCCACGAGGCUGGCGAGUACGGGACGAUCCCCUUGGAGUUCGUCGAGCUGGGCAUCCGGGCGCAGUGGGCGACGGAGCACCCUUCCCGUCCUGCAUCUCCUCGACCGACACGCAACGAAGGUGGCGUCGACGAGGAGGUCGACGGCGGUGCACGAGUACAUGGCAACAAGGGCACGAGGCAGAUAGGAGUGCUCAGGUCUGUUGACGGUGGUGUUGGCGGGAGUCACGCACCAGUGCAGCGGUCGAUGGCACCUCAACGAAGCAGUGGAAGUCCCUCGUCAACGACGCAUGUGACAGCGGGCGGGAUCGCGCCGGCGUAUGGCUACUUCAAGUUUUCGCCGGACAAGAUCACCGUCGCACCUCUGCAAGGUCGACGGGACCUCAUCACUUGGAGGGAGUCGAUAGAACCACAGCUGGAGGUCGCCGGGCUAAAGGGCUUCGCCGACGGCACUGUGCCAAUUCCGCACGAGGGCGAUGUCGAGCUGCGCGGGGAGUUUCGUGCUGCUCACUUGCUCACUUUCAUGGUCAUCUCGAGGUGCUGCUCGCCGGUGGUGCAGCUUGCGCUCAGGAGCUGUCGAGAGCGUCUGGAUGCUGGUCACCAAGCAUGGCACUUCAUCCUGUCGACGUACCAGGCGAAGGACGACCUGUACAUCGGACAGCUAGAGGAGAAGAUGACACAUCUUCGGAUGGGUGAGCAGGAGUCGGCGACGGACUACUGCAACCGUGCUCGACGGAUACUGGCCGAAAUGCGGAUGGCGGGCGCCGAAUACUCUACGGCGUCCUACAUCACCCACGUUGUCAAGGGCCUGCCGCGUAGCUACAACCUCAUGAAGAGGAUGAUGAUGGUGCCCGGCACGCGGGAGUCACUCGACGAGGACUCAAUCACCAGCUACAUCCUUCAAGAUGAGGCUAUGCAGGAGGCAGAGCAGCCCACGGAGCUCCUUCCGCAGGCGAGUUACGCUGCACCGACGAAGCAGAAUCGUCCGCAGGGGCAGCGAGGAAAGUCUGGCGGAGGUGGUAGCGGAGGUGGGAGGUCGGCGAAGGACGCCGACCAGGCGAAAUCAACUCGUGACAGUGGUCGCGACAAGGGUGGUCGACGGCGUGAGUGCUGGGUCUGCGGAAGCGCCGACCACCUCUCCUAUAACUGCCCUGACCGAGAAGACACUGACGACGAUGACCACAAGGGAGGCCGCGGAAGGUCGGCCAACGGUCGUCAAAGUCGGGACGAGAAGCCGCGCAAGGAGAAGCAGACGUCAAAGAAGACGUCGUCGACGAAGGAGGUCGACUCCUCCAGCGGCAAGGGGCAAGGUGAUGGAGAGGCGGCCUGCUCAAUGGUCAGCAUGGUGGAGCAGACUGUUUUGCUGGCACCAGAGGCCGGCGAAGACUUCAAAGCGGUCGCCGCAGCCGUGCAGGCAAAUCCAAUGGUGGUUCUGCUCGACAGCGGUUGCUCACACCACCUCAUGGGGACGAAGGAGGCCUUCGUCGACAUGGGGCCGAGCGGCAAUGUGAAGCAUGUGCGUGGCUUCAACGGGGCUCUGCAGACCGUCGAGGGCCGAGGCACCGUCGCUCUGCAAGGGGAGGCCGGGAAGCAGGUCCUCAUCCCCGACGUGCUCUACGUCCCGGGCGUGCAGGCGAACCUGCUGUCAGCUGGUGCUCGGUCGAGCACGCUAUAG